AUGGCUCGCAUCGACACAAAUGUGGCUUUGAGUCCUGUCAGACAGGAACUGACUCGAUUGCGGGCAGGUCUCACAGAUUCACAGGCCCGCCAUAGAGACACUGCCCUGCUCCUCGAACGCUUGUCAGGCCAGAAUGCCUCCUUGAGGGCACAGCUCCGGGAGUGCUCCGGUGCAGAGGCUGCUGGCUUGAGUUCUUCGCCGCUGCGAAACAUCAGCAACCUCAAGGAGCAGAACACACCCAAGACUCGGGUGUUUCAACCUCCAACUCCAAGGCGCAAUGUUGUCUCAACACCAUCUGAAGGCCGCCCUGCUGAAACAGAUGCGCUCAGGCAUCGUGUUUGGCAACUUGAGCGGCACUUGGAGGAUGAGAAGCGGCGCAACGCGGUGCUUCAGAGAAGUCUGGACCAGAUCCGGUCUGGACAGCCAAACAAGCAGCCUGAGGCUAGUGAACUUGCAACACUUGAGUUGGAGCUCAAAUCCUUGGCUACGGAGCGAAAGCUUCUGGAAGACGCUGUGGAGGUGCGACAACGCGCAGCACCAUUUGCUCAAGAGUUUGUGGCCCUUGGAAGCUCAGUGGGCCAGCUUCAGCAGGAGCUAUCUCAGGAGUUUGAGGCUGUGCGCCUGCUACAUCGCGAAGAGAUGAGACUGGCAAGUACUGAGCAUACAUUGGAGCAACGAGUGAGUAUGAUGCAGCAGGAGCUAAGCAUUUCUGAGGCAACCACCGCAUCCUGCCGGGCAAGCCUACAAACUGCACACGUUGAAGCUGGGAAGAACGAGGUUGGUGUGAGUUCUUCAUAG